AUGGAGGAAAUCCAAGUAACUCCCUUUAUUCCCAUGACUCUUCUCUCCCUCGUCUUGCUAUGGUACAUCACCCGAAUCUUCCUCAAAUCAUCAAGCAACAAAAAACAGCCCCCUUCACCACCAAAGCUCCCCAUAAUCGGAAAUCUCCACCAACUCGGAUCAUCCCUUCCCCACCGCGGUCUCCACUCCUUAUCCCAAAAGCACGGCCCUCUCAUGCUCCUCCACUUCGGCAGCGUCCCUGUCCUCGUCGUCUCCUCCGCCGAAUUCGCCCGUGAAAUCAUGGUCACUCACGACACCACCUUCGCCAACCGCCCCCGCUUCAAGGCCAUGAUGAAGAUGGUCUACGGAUGCAGAGACGUCUCGCUCUCGUCCUAUGGCGAAUACUGGCGGCGCCUGCGGAGCAUCGUUGUUCUCCAGCUGCUCAGCAACAAAAGGGUCCAAUCUUACCGCGUGAUCCGCGAAGAAGAAGCUGCACUUGUUGUGAAGAAGGUUCGAGAAGCUUCUGGUAAUCACACUGCGGUGGACUUGAGUGCGAUGUUUGAGAGUUUUAGUAAUGAUGUGAUCGGAAGAUCGGCCUUUGGCGGGAAGCUGAGCGAUUCGGAAAAUGGGAGGAAAUUCUUAAAGGCCAUGGCGGAUUUGAUGGAGCUUUUAGGGGUUAUCGAUAUAGGUGAUUUUAUACCGUGGCUUGCUUGGAUUGGACGUGUUAAUGGUUUUGAUAGGAGACUUGAUGACACUGCUAAAAAGAUUGAUCUUGUUUUGGAGAGUGUGAUUCAAGAACGGAUGCAGGAAGAAAAUGGACAACAUUUUGUGGAUAUUUUGCUUGAUAUCUAUAAUGAUAAAACUGCUGAUGCCUCUAUUGAUCGAGAUAGCCUCAAAGCAAUAAUUUUGGAUGUAUUCGUUGGUGGAACUGAUACAGUAUCCACAACUAUGGAAUGGACAAUGUCGGAACUCUUACGACACCCCACAGUGAUGGAGAAGUUGCAACAUGAAGUAAGAGGAAUUGUGAAGCAAAACCAAGAGAUAGUUACCGAUGAUGAUCUACAAAAAAUGCAUUACUUGAAGGCUGUGAUCAAGGAAGCAAUGCGUUUACAUCCACCACUCCCACUACUUGUGCCUAGGCUUGCAAGCAAAGAUGUACAAGUGAAAGGUUUCGACAUUUCUGCAGGAACAAUCGUGAUGAUCAACGCGUGGGCUAUAGGAAGGGACCUCGUCUCAUGGGAGAAACCAGAAACGUUUAUGCCCGAGAGAUUCUUGAAUUCUUCUAUAGACUUCAAGGGCCUAGAUUUCGAGCUGAUUCCGUUUGGGGGUGGACGAAGAGGCUGUCCUGGGAUCACAUUGGCUUCUGCCGGGAUGGAGCUUCUUUUAGCUGAUCUGGUUCGGAAAUUCGACUGGAAAUUGGCUAAAGGUGUUGAACCGAAAGAUUUGGACAUGAGUGAGAGUCCCGGGUUGACAGUCCAUAGAGCCGUUCCUCUUCUUGCACUUGCAUCUCCCGCUACAUGAUUUGGAACACUAUACUAUAUCAUAGGAUGUUGUUGCUAUAUAUGCAGUUUCAAUCAAUGCAACAUACAUAUAUAUGUAUAUGUAGAUUUUAAGCACUCAUAAGUUUUAUGUGGUUUUUGUCAAGGGCAUGCAAGUUUGUAAGUUAUAGAAUAAAAGUACUAUUGACAUAUGUUUCCCUUCAAUUUA